AUGGGAGACAAUCGCGGUCCUCAGCUGGAGGGCGUGGUCCUCAGCUUCUUCAUCCUCUGCUUCAUCACCGUGUCCCUUCGUUCGUAUACCAUGGGGUUCAUACUCAAGCGUUUCUACCUGGAAGACUAUCUAGCUAUCCUAGCACUUCUGAUCUACAUUUCAUUCGCCACGCUGGCGUUGAUUAGUAUCGGCCACGGCCUGGGGAAACACGAGGAGGACGUGGCCCCAACAGCCCGUCCUAUCGCGACCAAAUACUGCUUUCUCGCAGCCGUCGUCUACAUCGCCCUAUCCUACCUGGUAAAAGUCAUCGUCGGCCUCUUUCUCGUCCGUAUAUGCUCAGCCUCCCACCAGAAAUGGCAGCGCAUCAGCAUCUGGACCAUGCUCGUAGUCGUAGGGCUCUUCUACGGCGCCUACUUCUUCAUCGCCAUCUUUGCCUGCCAGCCCGUCGAGUACGUCUGGACGCGUGACGACCCUGUCCCGCCCACGAGCGGCCAGUGCAACCCUUCAGUCGCGGCGACGUCCAUCAGCUACAUCGCCACCGUGCUGAACUGCGUGGCGGACUGGAUGCUGGCGAUCUUGCCGGCCACAGUGGUUUGGAAGGCUAGGCUGGAUAGUAGAACCAAGAUCUCUAUCUGUGUAAUACUGGCCAUCGGAUCAAUCGCCUCCAUCGCAACCAUCAUACGCGUCUUCUACGCCAAGGAACUCGUCCAGCAUGACGACUACCUGUACGAGUUCACCCCAUUGGCGACAUGGAGCACGAUCGAGGUCGGCACCGCCCUGACCGCGUCGUCCCUGGCGACCCUCAAACCCUUGUUCCGGAAAUUUACCGCCAUCUUCUCCACGACGCGCACGUCGUCC